UGUCCAUUCUACUGCUCGCCAUAUGAAAGUCUCUCUGACUGACGGCUGACAUUCAUCCAGUCGGCAACGAAACUACAGUCGACAUGAGGCUGUGGAUGGAAACCCUGCGGCUUCUCUUUCUCUGGGCCUGUCUGGACUCUGUGCACUCACGGACCUGCUCGUCGUCUUUUUUCUGCCGGAAAUCUCACCGUGUGAGCGGCCUGAAUGGAGUCGACCCCGGGUCCCCCCUCUUCCUCACUCCGUACCUGGAGAAGGGCGACAUAGAUGAAGCCAGGAAACUGAGCCUGGUAGGAGAUCUGCCAGGUGCCAACGUCAAGAGCUAUGCUGGCUACCUCACUGUCAACAAGAAAUACAACAGCAACAUGUUCUUCUGGUUCUUCCCUGCACUGAUGGCAAACCCAGAUCAAGCUCCGGUGCUGCUCUGGCUGCAAGGCGGGCCCGGUGGCACCUCCAUGUUCGGUCUGUUUGUGGAACACGGACCGUAUGUGGUGUACAAGAAUUUGACUGUUGGUUUUAGGGACUACGCGUGGACCUCAAGUUAUUCCGUUUUGUACGUUGACAAUCCGGUUGGGACAGGUUUCAGCUUCACGGAUGACGAUAAAGGUUUUGCUCAAAACCAGGAUGACGUUGGCCGAGAUCUGUACAGUGCUUUAACACAGUUCUUCCAGAUAUUUCCUGAGUAUCAGUCCAAUGAGUUCUAUGCUACUGGAGAGUCAUAUGCAGGAAAGUAUGUUCCUGCCAUCUCUUACUACAUCCAUAAAAACAACCCCACUGCCAAAGUGAAAAUCAACUUUAUGGGGAUGGCUAUCGGGGACGGGCUCUGUGAUCCAGAACUGAUGCUGGGUGGUUAUGGUGACUUCAUGUACCAAACAGGCUUGAUAGACGAACACCAGAGGCAGUACGUCGUCCAGCAGACAGACUUGGGGGUUGAAUUGAUCCAUCAGCAGAAGUGGGUGGAGGCUUUUCAGGUUUUUGAUAGUUUGCUGAAUGGGGACGUGGCACCGUAUCCCUCCUUCUUCCAAAACGCGACGGGCUGCACUAACUACUAUAACUACAUGACCUGUCGGGAGCCCGAGGACCAGGAGUACUUCUCCCGGUUUGUGACUCUGCCGGCGGUGCGUCGGGCCAUCCAUGUGGGGAACCUGACGUUCCACGACGGCUCGGAGGUGGAGAAGCACCUUCUGCAGGAUGUCAUGAAGAGCAUCAAGCCGUGGCUGGGGGUCUUGAUGGACAACUAUAGGGUCUUAAUCUACAGCGGUCAGCUGGAUGUAAUUGUAGCAGCUCCACUGACCGAGAGGUUCCUGCCGACUGUCAACUGGAGCGGGGCGGCCGAGUUCAAAACGGCACCUCGAUUCCACUGGAGGGUUCAGCCCAGCGACACAGAGGUGGCUGGUUACGUGAGACAAGUGGGAGAGUUUUACCAGGUCAUCAUCCGAGGAGGGGGACACAUUCUGCCUUACGACCAGCCGGCGAGGUCCUUUGACAUGAUCGACAGAUUCCUUUCAACGCGGGGCUGGGUGUGAAUGUUUUGGUCCUGAAACUGCUGAUCAAAGCAGCUCCACUUUAAAAUGGCAUAUUUCCAAUGAUUGAGUGUUGAUUUGAAAGACUUUUGAUUGUUCUAGCCAAUGUAAACAAGCACUUUGUUGAAUUUACACUUUUUAGUGCUGCUCCCUGAUGCAAAUGAAAUGAGUCAGCCAGGUCUUCCACGUCUUCACACAGAUGUGAAAAUGACUGCAAAAUGAUUAUCAGAUCAGAGUUUGAUGAAAACCAUUUAAUUGUUCUAACUGAGGGAAAUAGGCAUUCAAUCAGAACAUGCUUGAUGAUGAAAUAUAAAGAACAAACCUUGAAACUACAAUUAAAUUGUUUUUGUUUUUACUAAAUCUGAGUGCCUUAAAGAUCGGCGAGUGUGAUUGACAUCUGUUGCAGAUGCAGCAUUGUUGGAUGGGAUUUGUCCCUUCAAGUUAUGUUUGGUUAGUCUACAAAAUGUCCACCAGGGGGCACUGUGCUUAAAGGCAUUUUAUUAGAAAGCCAGAAAUGAAAUAAUGUAAUCUCGCCAAACCUUUGUGGGUGUUCAAUGUCAUUGAAAAUGAAUGUUUCUGAUUAUCUGAACUGAAGUCCAAAAACAGAUACGAAAUGAAUCUCUGAAGAAUAAGGGCCCCUUUCCAUGUUUAGACAAACAAUGGUUAUGAAAUUCAUUCUGUCUAUUGUAGUGGUUUUGAAAUGUAAAAAUUCAUUUGCUGUU